CAAAGAAUCUUGAAGAAACGGGAAAUUUUCAAACGGCAGGAAAUCUGUCCAGUUUUACUAUUACCGGAAGUAUUAACUCGCUUGAUUAUUUGACUCAUGUCUAUUUGUCUUUUGUUCAUUGGUCCGAAGAUUACAUAGCUGAUUACAGGUCGUUUCUCUAUUCUGUACCUUUGGUCCGGCUUUUGGCAUACUGUUAAAAGACCAAAUACAAGUUCCGCAAAAUUCGUAAUGUCAGGAAUCGAGUAGGCCAUCCAUAUGCGAGAAGGUCAGAGUAUCACAGUGACAUUGACAAAUUAAUGGCGGCCCAUUCGCGGUUUACCAGGUUGUUUCUGGGUGUCUUUCUUGGUUUGGUUGCAAUUACCGGAUUCGUUAUCUAUGAGAGUCUCCAGUGUGACUUUGAAGAUGGACUAACUUACUACAAACUGCCAAAUGGGAAACUCAUAAAAAAGUUUGAUCCGAAUCAGGAAAUAGAACUAUUCACUACCUUGUCGCCAAAAUGUGAUUUUGAAAACGAGAAACUCGUUUGUCCCGAUGUGCGCCAUUUGGGGAAAACGUUGUUGCGCCAGACACAGUUAGCUACGAUAAGGAUGAUGGCCGCAUUUGAUAGGAUUUGCAGAAAGCACCGCAUAAGAUAUUGGAUGUGGAGAGGGGCCUUGCUAGGGGCCAUCAGGCACGAGGGUUUUAUACCUUGGGACAACGAAUUAGAUAUUGGAAUUAUGAAAACAGAUUACGAAAAGUUUCGUAUUGUUUCUCAUGAACUGCCCGUUGAUAUAUUUCUUCAAAAUGCCUCGAGCGAUCAUGCGUUUGGAAAGCACAAACACACCAUUCUUGCCAAGCUUAGAGAUCAACAAAGUUGCUUUGGAAACUGUGUGCGAGCCGGUUGCAAGUUUCACGACGGCUUUAUGAUUGAUAUUUUCGGGUUUGAAGAAGACGCUAGUUUUCUUCGGGAAACUACUAAUAACAAAGUUAAUUUUAACGUUAGGAAAACUGAUGUUUUUCCUCUGAAAGAGGCAAGGUUCGAAGGCUUUUCAGUUUUCGUUCCAAACCACUACAAAAUGAUUUUGAGAAAAAAUUACGGCUCUGACUAUUAUGAAAUCCCGAAGAUAAGGAAACGAUGCCCACCUGGACAAAUUGUAGGCCUUCCGUGGACCACGUGCCAGGAGCUUAAUCGCAUGAAUUCAACAGAGAAGAAUUUUCAUAUUUACUCGACAAGCAUUUCCAAAGUUAAAUCUGUUUCUUGGUAUUUGUAGAUCGCUUAGCGCUGUCGUGUCAGGUUAUGCCGACCUUCCCAGAGAUGGAAACAUAAAUUUAACAAUUGAGUCUUUUUCGAAAUUAACAAGCAAAAUAUGAAAUUAAAUAUGACCGACAACCAGUGGCGGAUCUAAAAGAGGGGGGGGGCAACUAGGGGCAGUUGCCCCCAAUGCCAACUGCUCCUCCCUCAAAUUUGCUCUGGAUCCGCCCCUGCCGACAACCUUAAGGAAAUAUUGGGGAAAUCUCGCCAUAGUUAACCAUGCUGUUCUUAACCAUAUGUGAAUUAAUUUUCCAAGUCUGUUAAAACUUAAGCAAAUAAUUUAACAUGUUGGCAGAAUCAUGAUAAGUGUUUUUAUGAAUACCUACGUUUUUGUGGAUUUACUUAUAUACUAAAAUGUUAUGUUUUCAGGAGGUUAUAUUUGAUACAUACAUGUCAUAUUUUUUGUUGAUUGAUGCUUUGUUGUUGAAAUAAUCUAAUUAAAAUGUCAAGUUCAAUACAGAACUGUAGAACAGAUUAGGUUUGCUGUUAGUAACACGGUUUUUGAUGUGGAGCAUUUUUAUAGAAAUAUUAUCUUCGUUUCAAGACAUGGCUUUCACUGGAUUACAGGAAAGCGAUCACGCCCUUUGAAAAAUUAAGUUAA